AAUCGCGAUGGGGACAAUACAUUUUCUCAGAAAUGAAUUACCAUAUAAUAUAAACGACUAAUAGAUAGGUAAGGGUAUACACCGACCCUCCCCAUCAAAACAUAUAAGCUCCGGCCCACUCGGACCAACGGCCCUCGAUCGCCACUCGAUCCUGGUUAAAAAAAACCGUGUUACGGUCUAAUAAUAAUGACAAUAAUUGAAUACGCUUGUAAUGUGAAUAUAAAUGUAACUGUAACAAUCAGCUGUUUUUCCAUCUUCUCUGUAACAAUGUUAUCGUCAAUUUACCGAUUUGAAGCGAUUGAAACCGCAGCAUUCUUUUCAAAAGAGAACAACACAUACCUAGAAUAACUGCAAACAAUUUUUUAUCUGACAAAACAAUUAUGUUGUCGAUUUUAUUAACUUUCUGAAUGUAUAGUCAAUUGAAUAAACAGCUAAAAUAGAAAUGCGGUUUACGGCUUCAGUGACCAUAACAAAGCACGACUCCAGUUGUUAUGAGUACAAAUCGUCUGCAAAUUUUUGUGCAUCCGGCUAGACAUAGCUUAAUGUGUUCAAUAAAAGGACUAUUAGCCGUGGGUUGUCGUACAGGUUGUUCUUUGUUAAGAAGCGUUACGGUACCGUAUAUAAUCCGGCUAUUUGACAUUUAACUUUAUUUUUCUGGUUAUUAGACUAUUUAACUAAUCCAUCAUAACUUUUCAUUGUGACUUCGCUAACUGAAUAUCCUAAACAAACAAACAACAACAAAUGUGGUAUUUUAAUUAAGGAUUUUGAAAGGCGGCAUUCGUUAAUUUUGUUAUUAUUUGUGAUCUAGUAAUAUUUAAUAUGGUAGGCCUCAUAUAAUGCGAUAUAUGCUUCAUCGAUGUCUAGUUUCAACAAACACGACUAUAUAAGUGUAUUCAAAUAAAUGAAAAUUCUAUAUGGUAAUUACUAAAUGCAUUUUGAAAUAUAUAAAUUGAAGCACCUCAUCAACAAGAAAAUUAUAUAUAUUUAGGUAUAAGGGCCUAAUCUGAUAAUAAAAUAAUUUCUGUGGCAUUGACUCGAGAAAUUUUUAGACCUACAUUUCAAAGACUAUGAGGUUUAAAGCCGGGCACUCAUUGUGGUCGACAGUCGCCUACGGACGCGAUUCAAUGGAUUACGCAAUGCAACGACUCGCGCGCAGCAGAUCGUUUUUAAUGACGAUCCGGCCGUUCAGACUGCCACCGACAAUCAGCAAACGGCACGCAUUGUCUAUCCUCACAGGGAGCGGAGUUGAUUUCACCGUACGACGGUCGAACCACGCAUUGAGUGCCCGGCUUAACUUGUAAACGGAGACGAGAUCCGAACCGAACAACCCAUUUGCACAUUAUUUAUGUAUACUUAUUGCUGCUAUUUUGUGAUUAUUUUGCUCAUAACUUGGUUUGUGCAUAUCAAGAGGAAGUGCGGCGGUCCUGAAUCUGAAUUGCGCCGUGAUUCUGCUACCGAUGUGCCGGUCCUUUGUCUCCCUACUACGGGGUUCACGACACGCUAAGCGAUACGCCAGGCGAUGCCUUGAUCGUGGGGUUAUACUACAUGUUUUGUGUGCCGUUUUCAUUUGUCUAGCUGCGGCCGUGCACUGUACUGCACAUGUCAUAAAUGCCGUUAAUUUUACCACCCACUACAACGAAGAGAUCGUAGAAGUAAACGUAGCUACCAAACGUAAUGAGGAACCGUUUCGCUUACUAUUUUGUACAGUUCCUGGAUUGACUGGAGUUUUAAUGGUGCUUAUUCUUGUCCUAAUGAUCGUAGCUUCGUCUAAAAAUGUAAGGUUGGUUCAUUAUGAGUUGUUUUGGUACACGCAUCAUCUAUUUAUAUUCUUCUACGGAUUGCUCCUGAUGCAUUCUGCGAGUGGCGUACUGAAAGAGCAGACCAAUUUAGCAUUCCACACACCUGGUUGUCUGGAUACAGGUGGUUUGCCUGAACCGGAACCAGAACCUGAGCACGCUCCCUUUCAGCUAAAAAUGUUUGGCAUGCGACACAUGAACGGUAAAAUGAAACCGUGUGAUGCCCCUCCUUCAUUUAAAUCGCAUCCGUCCCAGUCAUGGUGUUUUGUUGUAUUCCCAUUAAUUCUCUACGUUAUUGAAAGAAUAAUUCGACUGCUUAGAGGGCGACGGGCAGUUGAAAUAUCCAAUAUUCGUUACCAUCAGCCUGGCGUCAUCGAAAUUCAAAUGAGCAAAAAGAAUUUCGACGCACGACCUGGACAAUAUAUUUCGCUUAACUGUCCGGCGAUAUCCGCACUAGAAUGGCAUCCAUUCACACUAACUUCAUGUCCGUCUUCAAGUUCGGAUUCGUUCAGUGUUCAUGUUCGAGUGCUUGGUGACUGGACAGUUUCUCUUAGAGACAGUUUGUUCCCUGUAUUGUGUAAACAAGCUUCUGUUGAAGAUGGAGGACAUGCGUACAAAGCGCAUUAUCCCAGGUUAUAUAUUGAUGGUCCAUUUGGCAGUCCAAACCAGGAUGUGUUUAAGUAUUGUACUAGUGUCUGUAUUGCCGGGGGAGUAGGAGUCACACCAUAUGCUGCAGUAUUAAACCAAUUACGAAAUUGCACAUUACAAGGAAUUAAACUCAAUCGAUUGUACUUCAUUUGGGUCUGUCGCAAAGCUGACAGUCUUCAGUGGUUUGCAGAUCUAUUGGCUUCUGUACACAGGAAGUUUUGGAAUGAAAAUAAGCCAGACUUCCUGAACAUCCGACUGUUUGUCACUUCCAAGCAUUCUCAAAACUUAAUACUGCAACCUAAUCGAACUACGGAGAGAAACACAGGAAAGAUGGCACCCGCCGACACACGUGAUCAAUUUCUAGCUAAUAGAAUUCAUCAAGGAAGGCCUGACAUGAAGGCAAUUUUGGAAGAGGUUGAUGCCAGUAAUAAAAUAUCAUCAAUCGGGUUGUUUGUUUGUGGACCAAAGAAGCUCUCAAAUCAUGUUCAAAAGCUUUGCAAUAGAAUAAACAGACAAAGAAAAAUAAAAAUGCAUUUUAAUAAGGAAACAUUCUCCUGAUGUCAUUAUUCCAAGUUGCAAAAACUUUAUAUUUUUAAACGGGAAAGUAAUAUUUGAGUGUGUGCUCAAUGCGUUAAGCAUGAAUUACCAAUAUCUAUGCUACAGUGAAAGAAAACUCUUACAAAUCCAGUUGGUGUUUCAGGAAUCAAACGAAUCGAACCUGAUUCAUUUGCAAUACCGCCCGCUUGUGUUCAGCGUGUUUGGUUUGCCUUCUAUGGUUAUUUUUACGCACGAACAAUAGGCUGCAGCAAAUAAUAUAGAUCAUAGCUUGCAGUGCCAACCAAUACAUUAAUAAUAAACAAGAUUGAGAGAAAAAAAAAAGGCGGGAUGCAAAUGCUUUGAUAAACCUCGGCAGUCUGUAUAUCAUUCUAAAUCAUUUGAUAAGAUAUUGCAACAGUUUGACAACACUUUUAGCAACAGCUGCGACAGUUUAAUAAUCAAUUUGACCAUUCUACAACCAGUUUUUCACUUCGGAAAAGGUACCGGCAAUCAUUAACCGAUAUACGUUAAUGGUAUCGGCAACCGUUGGCAACAAUUCGCCAAUAGUACUGCCAAUCUUUAUAUCCCACGACCUUUGCUUACGUCAUUUUGUUAUGUACUUUACUGCCGUAUUAACUUUGGUGUUCUUGCUUCAAACGAAAGCAUUCAUACCUUGAAAUCCAUUGAACAAAUUGUAUAAGUUGUAAAGGAAAAAAUCUGUCUAUUUUUGUAUAUUAAUUCUUCCAUCAGGAAGAUACGUGUGUAUAUAUAUAUUACAGUGAUUGUUUAAGGAACUGUAUCUUAUAGAUUUUUUUCAUUAUAGAUUUAAUUAUUUCAAUAAAAGAGUUAUAUUACAA